AUGUCUGCGCCGUCCCCUGGUAGUUCAGCCCAGCCGCGGCGUUCUGCGCUGAAGGCCGACGGUGACACUGUGCAAAUCGCCGAGCCAGAGUCUGCAUCUCCUGACGAGCAGCAAGUGAAGAAGCAAUUCACAGCAGGUGUCGCCAAGAGACUCAGUGGACGGCCUCCCCUCCAGAACACUUUAUCCAGGUCCUCCACCCUCAGUCAAAUGAGCUUGGAGGGCGGCGCUGAUUCAACUGCUGUGGGCUCCCCAUCAGUGUCUGCUGAAGACGUCCAGAAUUAUCACGUAGCCUCCUAUCACCGUCACAAAAUGGACCGCGCCAGCGAGAGGCUUCUGGUCCAGGUGGCAGAAUGGCUCGAGCGAGAGAAGACCAAGAGAGAACACAGGAAGUCUCGAACACACACGGUUCGGCGCAAAUUAGAGCAUGCCGCUUCAGCAGUUCUAGGGCCAGGCAGCAGGCCGCGGGCUGACUCGCUCGAUUCUGACUCGAGCGAGGUGUCCCUAGAUCGUCUCCAGCACAUUUUGGAUGACAGCAUGGCGGCCUUGGGCCUGAAUACCAUCCCAAAAUACAGCCCCCGCCUCGGCCGAAGACACCGCAAGAGAUCAAGCAAGAAUCUUACCCGCGGCGACCCUUCAGACACGGAGUACUUUGACGGGGACGUCGUGGUACCGAGUUGUGAUGCUUUCCUAGACAACUCAAAGACUCUCAGUUACACGGGCGGCAAGGUUGGCGCCGAUGAUACUUCCUCCAUUUCAAGCCGGAAGGAGGAAAAGGACAAGCAGGCCUGGAUCACCUUCAAGAACGAAAUCAUCCGCCUCGCGCAUACCCUGAGGCUGAAAGGCUGGCGGCGUGUCCCUCUCGAUAGCGGCGAGAGUAUCUCCGUCCAACGUCUCAGCGGCGCCUUGACCAAUGCUGUCUACGUAGUUUCGCCGCCCCCAGAGUCCGUACUGCCCCCACAGGAUGGCAAGAAGCGGCCGACCAAGGUGCUGCUGAGGAUCUAUGGGCCGCAAGUAGAACAUCUCAUUGACAGAGAGAACGAGCUGGGCGUUCUGCGACGGUUGGCCAGGAAGAAGAUUGGGCCUAGACUACUCGGAACCUUCCUUAAUGGCAGGUUUGAACAGUGGUUGAACGCUGUUGCGCUAACCCCGUCUAGUUUGCGGGAACCAGAGACGUCGAAGCAAAUUGCAAAGCGCAUGCGGGAGCUGCAUGACGGUGUUGAGUUGCUCGUUGAGGAAAAGGAUCAGGGCCCCGCUGUGUGGAAGAACUGGGACAAGUGGGUGAGCCAGGUCGAGAAGACAGUCAACUUCCUCGACAAGCAGGUCAUGGCUUCGUCUCACAGCGCAGGAGGGAGUCCAGGCAGCGUGUGGAAGCCUCGCGGCUUCGUUUGUGGCGUGCAGUGGCCCGCCUUCAAAGCCCUGGUAGAGAAAUACCGCAAAUUCGUGGUAGAUUACUACGGCGGCGACGCCAGGAAAAUCCGGGAGAAGCUGGUCUUUUCCCACAACGACACGCAAUACGGCAACAUCCUCCGUGUCCGCCCGGACGACGAGAAAUCGCCCCUCCUCCAACCGGCCAACGAACACAAACAGCUCGUCGUAAUAGACUUUGAAUACGCCGCCGCCAACGUCCCCGGGCUCGAGUUCGCCAACCACUUCUCGGAAUGGACGUACAACUACCACGACCCUGUCCGCCCCUACGCUUGCGACGCAUCCCUCUACCCUACCCCGGACCAGCAACGGCGGUUUGUGAAGGCCUACGUAGACCACAGGCCGCAGUUCCCCUACGUUGAUCCUUCUUCUGCCCACCCCACGCCCGGUGGUACUCACAGUGCUCCGGGAACGCCUGGCGGCGGGGGCGGCCUGCACACGACCCCGUCGACGAGCUCCAUCGUCGAGUUCAUGCUGGAUGCAAGGGUCCCUCCGGGCGGCUGGAAAGAAGAGGAGAGGAAGAGGGAGGCGGAGGCGGAGGAGAAGGUGAGGGCUUUGAUGGAGGAGACCAGGCUCUGGCGGCCGGCUAAUAGUGCGCAAUGGGUUGCGUGGGGCAUCGUGCAGGCCAAGGUCAAGGUGAAGGAGGAGGCAACGGGGAAUGGGGAAGAGGAAAAUGGAAUAGUGCAGAAUGGGGUGGAUGCCGAGGCCGAGGCUGAGGCAGAGGCAGAAGCAGAGUUUGAUUACCUUGGAUAUGCGCAGGAGAGGGCAUAUUUCUUUCUCGGGGAUUGCGUGCUGCUGGGACUGGUCAAGGCCGAGGAGCUUGGCGACGAGGUCAGGGAGAGGCUGAAGAUGGUUGAGUACUAG